AUGGCUCUACAGCCUACGUUGUUUGGGACUCCUCUUGGCAAGGGACAUUUCUUUAGAGGGUUGGCCAAUUCUGAUAAAAUGCUAGAUAUUAUGCAGUCAUUGAAGCGCUUUGGACUGCGACAGGACUUGCUUUUUCCUGGAAGCAUAGCGGAAGUGGCUACAGAGACGAUUGUCAGCAGUUGGUUUACGAAGACUGUGAAGGAAAACACAGUUGUAGCAGAUGCUGGCUCUGAAAUUGCUCCAGUCUUCCCUGCUCUGACCUCACAGCCAUCCACAAUAAACACCCAACAUGCUGAACAGAAUCAUGUUUAUCAGAUUGGAGAAACUGCUCAUGUGUUAUCUGGCCACGAUUUUAUGCUUUCCUGUAAUGCAUUUGGUCAUCCAAAUCCAUCUUAUCAGUGGCAUACCCUUUCUCCCAAGAAAACACUUAAAAGUUCAAGCAAUGUAAAAGUCAAUGGCAACACACUCACUAUCACAGAUGUUCACAAAUCUAAUGAAACUGAGUACAAGUGCACUGCCAACAAUAGUAACGGCAUGACUGAGCGAACUUCUGAACUGAAAGUGUACGAAAGAAGGAAAAAGUGUACAAAAAAACCAACUAUAACCAGUAUUUCUACCUUUUCUCUUAUGGUCUCAUUCAACUGUCCAUCCUAUAGUGCAGAAGAUCACUACGCUUGUCGUAUCACUAACUAUAUCGUUCAAUUUCGUCUGAUGAAUGAUGACGACGACUUUACAAUCAAAAUUUCAAACACACAUUCAUUUAAGCUGGACCAUCUGAUUCCAUUCACUUCUUAUGAAAUCAAAGUAAAUGUGACUUAUAACAAAUCUUACUGCAGUUCAUAUUCUGAUGUAGUCGUUGGUAGGACAGAUCCAGUAGCACCAUCUCCUCCAAGACAGAUCAGAGUUCAGUCUUUAGUGGCAACUAGAGUUGUGUUGACAUGGAAGGCACCUCUUUAUGUCAAUGGAUCUCACCUCACAUAUUAUAUCAAUUGUACAUCCUCCAGUAGUACUAUUGUAACUUCAAAGACCAGCACACAAAAAACUAUUACUUUGGGUGAUCUUACACCCUAUACUAAAUAUAAUGUCAUAAUUCAAGCUGCUACUUAUGUUCAAAUCAAUAACAGAUCUUCUAAUUGGUUGAGAAGUAAGAAAGCUAAAAUUUUAUUUACAACUCUUCAAGCAAAACCUAAUCCUCCAACUAGUGUGCAAGUCGACACAGUGUCUGCUGACUCGGUUGUGAUCAAGUGGCAGCGUCCUUUAGUAUCCAAUGGCCCAAUUUCACACUACAGAGUUUGUUAUAUGAUUAAUGGUAGUAGCAAACAAACUUGUAGAACAACCACCACUACUAAAAGUCGGCUCACCGAUCUCAAACCUUUCUCUUCUUACCUUUUGAUUGUGAGGGCUGUCAAUGUUGAAGGAACCACUAAACUGGAAAGCAAGUGGAGCAAGCUGAUACAAUUCCGGACUUUGUCAUCUAGUAAGUGAGUUAGCAAUUUGUAUUAAUUAAAUGCACGCAAACAACAUUUAUUUCGAUUUGUACAUAAAGUUCCAAGC